AUGGCGACAGCGGCUUCGCCAACGCCAAUGGCAGCCGGCCCUAUCCGCAGGUCUUCGCAGCGACAGCAAGCCCUCCGCGAGUUGCCCUCGCGAGCAUUCCUGACCAGGAGCGAGAGCCAUCAGGCGGGUGCCAUGCAAGCCCGAAGCAGCGCCAAACAGUACAACGACGACAGCUCCGAGGAUGAGAUUCCGGUGCCUAUGAAGCUCAGCGCCCUCACCAAAGCGCUGCUCAAUGAUGGCGAGCCUGAGGGCGCUCAGCCCGCAGAGCGAUCGACCUCACCACCACAGACGCGAAGACGGACCAGCCAAUUGAACACGACGACGCCUUCUGUGCCCGAGAGAGGGAGGAACCUGAGAUCCUCCACUAGCCAGCCCGCCGAGGGCAAAACUUCGAGGACCUCGAGUCCCGCCAGGGAGCGCGGUGCGAGCCCCGUGACACGGAAGCGGGUGGUGAGGCUCAGCAGCACUUCGCAGAGCCUGAGCCAGAUCCAGCCUUCCAAGAGACGCUCGAGCUCUUUUUCUCGAUCAACACAGCGCCAGAGUCGGCCGCCCAGUAGAGAAGAAUCUGCCGAUAAGAGGCCAGAGCCACAGGCGGACAUCAACACACCCGCGCACGGGAACCGCAUUGUGAGAAUCUCAACAAACUCCUCGGGCAAUCGCAGCAGAGUCGGCUCAACCGGCAUGUCAUCGGGGCGGUCGUUUGAUCGCUCUGGUGUCGACAGGUCUGCCAUCGAGGUGGAUGACUACGAGCCAGACAGGGUCCCGGAAACCGUUGCACGAAAUGAAGCACCGCUCGCCAGCUAUGGCAGCAUCUCACGGUACAGCUCGGCUAGGGGCCGACUCGAGGAGAACGCCAACCUGCAGAGCUCGAUGCGCGUCAAGCGCGUUGGUAAGAUUCCGGGCACAUUCCUCAGCGGGCCUGCUCGGCGUGGCAGGCGGAGGCAGAGCGAAGACGACGCUGAAGAAGAAGGGGAGAUGGAUCGAUACGAUGCCAACCGGGACCAGGAGAACCACCAGAUGGGUGACACGCCAGAAGUUGCCUUUUACCCCGAUGGAAUCCGAGACUAUAACUCUGGAAGUCCUGUCAGUGCUAGUGCUUCGGCUAGGGCCCUUCAUAGGAGACACCAGUCCAGCAUGAGUUCCCGGCCCGACUCUGGGCACGCACAAGAGGAGGAGGAGGAAAUACCAUAUAGGAAAUCAAUACUUCGGCCUCAGGUACCUUCAGCGCACGAUCAAGAAAACAACGGCCGUGCGAGCUAUAAGCGCCCGAGGUCUUCCAUCGACGAUCGGAUGGACAAGGCGCCGCAGCGACCUCUGAGCACUGAUCCUGCGCCUGCGCCUGUUUUCGCCCGGCCGUCUUCACCAGAGCGGAGACCAUUGGCUCCAGUGGCCAACAACACACCUAAGCGGGCUGCUCCGCCGCCUCCUCCCAAGAUGUCGUCCGUCCUGGAGGCGGCAACGUCGACCACUGGAGCCGCAGCUGCGGCUACAUCGACAAGACAGCGGAGAAACGUGCUGCGGGUGAAUGGAAAGACGUAUACCAGGCUCGACUGCCUUGGUCGCGGCGGCAGCGCCAAGGUCUAUCGCGUAACCGCCGAGAAUGGACAGAUGUUUGCCCUGAAGCGCGUGGCCCUGGAGAACGCCGACGAGUUGACCAUCAGGGGAUACAAGGGCGAAAUUGAUCUCCUUGGGAGGCUCGAGGGGGUUGAUCGAGUUAUCAAUCUGUACGCCUACGAGAUGAACACAGAAAAGCAGGUGCUGAGUUUGGUCAUGGAAAUGGGAGAACGAGACCUGAAUACUCUAUUGGCAAGCCGCCAGGGCCCCGAGUCUUCCAGAUUCGACUCGGUAUUUGUACGCUUCUACUGGAAAGAGAUGUUAGAGUGCCUGCACGCCGUCCACCAGCACGACAUUGUUCACUCGGACCUGAAACCCGCCAAUUUUGUCCUCGUCAAGGGCAGGCUCAAGCUCAUCGACUUUGGCAUCGCCAACGCCAUCCAGACCGACGAGACCGUCAACGUCCACCGAGAGACGCAGGUGGGCACGCCCAACUACAUGUCGCCCGAGUCCCUGCUGGACUCUAACAACCCGCGCGGCGGUCGAAUCCCCGGCAGACCCAAGCUUAUGAAGCUGGGCAAGUCGAGCGAUGUCUGGUCGCUGGGCUGCAUCCUCUACCAGAUGGUCUACGGCUUGCCACCCUUUGGCCACAUUGCGAACCAGAUGGCGAGAUGUCAGGCCAUUAUCAAUUGGGAUCACCACAUUGAGUUUCCCUCCCGCGGCAUGGGCGGCGCUCCCGUCCCGCCUUCGCUCAUCAGGACGCUGAGGCGGUGCCUGAACCGAGACCAUCACAUGCGGCCCACGUGCGAGGAGCUGCUUUCUUAUAGCGACCCGUUUUUGUAUCCUGUGGAGAGGUGA